UUGAGCUUGUCUUUUUUUCAUGCCUCUUUUGUGUUGAAACAGAGAAAAGUCUUGGAUAUAUUCAUUAUUUUGUUCGAAAACAUUUUUUGAAGCAAGUAAACAAUUCUCUAUUUUGAAGUGUGCAUGGUUUGUUAAUUGCAGAAUUCUGUUGAACCUCUCUGACUGAGCGAAGAUGGAUUCCUCUCCGAUUCUGCGUCAGCAUAGUCAGAACAAAAUCCUGAACAACCAUUCAAGUCCAAACAGAAUGAAGAUCAACAGAAUGACAGCAGACCCCAAACCAGGUUCUAAACACCCGUCUGUACCCCACCCUUGCAAACACCCCUCUGUACCCCACGGCCACCAUUCCAAACGAGGGACUGAGAACAAGGUCCCAGCAGCAACCUCAGACAAAGACCCUAAGCCCCCUGUAAGACCACUGGGCAUCAGCAGGCUGCCAGUGCUUGCUAAAUCCUUGCCCCUUCAGACGCCCUCUGACUUCACCCAGUCACACAAGAGAUGGGAGGAGAACUCUCUAGCGGGUAAAGCAAAGAGGAAGAAGCCAAACACCAAGCCUGUACCUUUCAACUUCACCCAUCCCAGAGCCAACCGAAUGGGGGCCACGAACCAGAGGCCGCCGCUGGUUGCUCAAACCACCCAACCUGAAAAUACUUUUAGCGCUGCUGCCAGCCAUAAAACAAGACCCACAACGACAGCUAAACUACCCAGUUCUGUCCCACAAACUCAUAACAAGGCCCGAACAAAGUCAACAGUAGAACUUUCUGCUCGACUCCCAACACUCGCACAACACUUGGCGGCCAGAAAAGAAGGUCCAGGGCUAGCAGGCAUCUUGUCACAUCACGAUGGAAAAGAAUGGAAGACUCAUUGGCCCCAGGCUACCAGUGCUGCCACCUCCAUGUCUUUGUCUCAACAUCCGAAACCAAAGGCACAGUCUUCUUCAGACAAUCCAUUUCACGGAUCUGGAUCGGGACAGCUUGGUCUUUCCAGACCGCCCAGUUCAUUUGGUCCUGGCUCAGGUCUUUCGUCCAUUGCGUUCUCAUUUAGCAGUGACUCCUCCACUACCUCAGCCAAGCUCACUGCCCUCAGUACGGAAGCCUGCAGGGGCCAUUUGGACACGCUCAGCAUCAAAGAUCUUUCCGAGCCUGGCCAGUUACUAAGUAGCACCGCUGGACGUGUGGAGGCCUUCUCCUCUGACCCCUUUGCCCUACGUAGUAUCCUGCAGAAUGUCGGAGUCAAUGCUGCUGGGGCUUCUAUGUCUAGCCGUCCCUCUACAAAAGCCUAUAACAUGCCCCAGAGAGUGUCCAUCAUGAAGAGUCAACAGAAGACUGCACCCUCUGCAGGUCCUUUAAGAUCUCUUCAGUUCUCCCCUGAGCCUUCAGCCCUCAACAGCAUCCUUCAGAAUGAAGGGGUUACCUACCCUCUGCAGCCCCAGAGAGUGUCCGUCAUGAAGAGUCACCAGAAGACUGCAGCCUUGGCAGGUCCAGGACGGAGUGUCCCGUUCACCCCAGACCCCACGGCCCUAAGCAGCAUCCUACAGAAUGAAGGGGUGACGGCUGGGGGAAUGCUGGGGGCCACACCACAACGCACCUCUGUCUGCCCCUCUGCCUGCCCCUCUGCCAGGGGGACCUCCAUCUACACUGCUCAGAGAGUACCUGUCACAAAGAGUUGCACUGAAGCAUCUGGAGGACCUCUGGUGAUGCCAGUCGGCCAGAAGUGGACACCCCAACGGGUCCCUGACACCAGGCAUCAGCCCAUGUCCAUGGGGAGGCACCUGUCUGCCCACCGGACCCCCUACGCAUGCUCUCCUAGACUCUGGGGCCUCCAGGGCCACAACCGAGAUCUGGAGACACACAAGGAGGAGGUUGUUCAGCGAUUAUUCAAGGAGACGGACCAAGAGGAGGAAGAUAGGAUAGACAACAGGGAGCUGGUCGAAGACCCUACUGAGACCCGAGCAGACAAGGACCAGGAGGAGGAGGAGGAGGAAAAUAACACGGGAACAGGACUCCAGACCUUCUUUCAAGCCCCACACAGGGAAUCUGUCAUUUUCUUCUCAACGGGGAAGAAGCUGCUCAGAGCAGCUCCAGCACAAGAACAGGAGAGCCCUGUGGCUGGAUUUCUGGAGCGAGGUGGGCCACUGGAGAAGUGUUGGCCUGGGGCCAGAGCUUCAGCACAGGGGACUGUCCUUGAGCUCCUGCUACAUCCAGUCAGACCCUCGUCUGGACCAGAAACUCUAUCCACGGUUGCUACUGCAGCCAUAGCAUCAGGCUUGACCAGGCUAGCCAACCCCUCAGCCUUUGUCCCCCUGAGUCAUCCCAGAGGUAGUAUCAUCAUCCCAAAGAGCGGCGCUCUGAGUUCUGCUGCAGCCUUGCUCCGCCGGCGCCUCCCCCCUCUGCAGGAGCUACGUCUGGAUGAGGAGGUGGCUACCUACACCACCACCUCCCCAGCCCCUCCCUGCUCCUCCAUUGCCACCUCCUCUUGGCCCGUGCAGACCCGCUGUGGAAACCCUGUGGCAGCAGCCCUGUAUCUGCAGGACUACACUAGUUUUCGGUCAAUCAUCUUGGACCCCUCGUCUGCUCUUUCCUCCCCCUGCUCCUCUCCUCUACAGGAGAGAUGAUGGCUGUUGCACUGAGAAUGUUUCUCUUCUUUUUUUGUCUGGUCUAGUUUACUGAUAAGACACUGUAAAAAUUACGGAUUGUUAAGCAAAGACUUGAAGGAGUGUAUGUAUGUAUGUACAGGUAACUGCCAAAAUAAAGGAAA